AUGAUACGCGUCUUCUGCCCAAAGGUCGACGACGACAACCAUGCGAGCGAAGCCGACACCAGUAACGACAACACACGGGAAGCUCACUUGAUUGACAGCCAGUACGAGCGGCGGUUGAAGGGACGGGGUUGCCGGGGUUGCCGUGGCUGCCGGCAUUGCGCUGAGGAAUGUGUCGAGGAGGAUCGCAGCAAGUUCGCUGGCGGGGUCCAAGCAUCUCCCGCCAUCUUGUGGUCGCUAACGGACCGCCUGAAGACCAUGACUCAAGAUCCCACCUUAUCGCUCCUGAUCACAAAGAUUCGGCCGAGUGGGCACGCGACGGUCCGUCUCUACAGCGGGCAAGAAGCGGCGUCGACAAAAUCCCCGGACGGCCAACUCCGCUUCCUAGGAACGGCGUCACCUCAAUUCGUGCUUGAGGUUGGGUACAGUCAAAAGGCAACGAGCCUUUCGCAGCUGGCCAAGGACCACUUUGAGAACAGCGACGGGGCUAUCAAGAUAGUCUUGACUAUCAAUAUCAAUUAUGCCAAGUCCAGGGAGCGACAUUCGAAUGCCAGAGUGGGCGCCCACAGCGCCACAUUUUGUCUCUACCGCGGCCCAGAGCGCAUCCAUCACAGUACCGUCUUCCGUGACGCCCAGCGUCAACGACUAGCCGACGUGUCUCUCCGGCCCUUGCUGGCUGACUUCAUCCCUGAGGACGUCCUCGAGGAGCUAGACCCUCAGCUGCGACACGAAGUUGAGCAGGUUGCACUCGAUCUCCCCUCUAAGUGCUCUUGCCAAGUGAAGGUUCCCUCUCGAGCAGUUCCUUCAGAGAUGCUUUGUCGCAUUUCCGGAUCUCGCUGA